GAAGGUUUUCAGUCAUCUUCGAGUUCAUCCAAAGCCAAUCCAUUCUUUAGUAAGUUUCAAGCUACUCAUGGCAACUCGCAGCUCCCUUCGAAUGUGUCAAGAACGCUUCAAAUAGUCUCCCAAAGUAGGUAGCGUGACACGGUUUUCAUACUUAGGCAAUUUCAGCCUUUCAUGUUCUUCUUUGCUCCAAGAGUCGAACCAUACUUUGAACUUCAAUGGAGAACAAUCGAAGCUAGAAAUCAAACUCUCAUCAUAAUAUAUAUCUAUGCUUAAAGCUUUGCAUAACCACUUAAAAGAAAUCGUUUCUCUCUUUUUUGAACACAUAAAAAUAAAGCUCAUAAUUAUUUCUAUACCAUAUUUUAUCACUUAAUGAUAAUAUUAUCUUAUAUUGGUGACCCAAUUAACCAAAAUCGAUUGAACUUUAGUUCGUCUAAUUUUGUUGUUCUCUUAAUUUGAUCGUUUUUGUCAAUGCAAUGUAUUAUAUGGUCAAUAGAAUUUAAACUCACUUUAUUUUUUAGUUAUCAUGAUAACCAUUUGAAUGCACUUGAAGUAGUCAUUGCCUUCCUUCAAUUUUUUUGGCCUCGUAUACUCCUGAUAUGUUACUAAUGAAUAAUGAUAGGGUUAUAGUUGUUUGUCACCUUGGAUGACGAGUUACUAAUGUUAAAAUAAUAGUUUGAAGUGAAGAAAUAGGUUGAAUUAACAAAUUGAUAAACAAAAUUACCAGAUGAGCAAUCCCCUAAAUUGUAGGCCAUGAAAAAAUUAGCGUCAUUUCUUCCAAAUUGUUUUAAUGGUAGGAAAAAAUCAACAACACUUAAAUCAGUGUUUUAGUACAAAAUACUUUGUUAUUAAUUUUUUCGGUAAAAUUUGGAGCAAGGUUUUACAUUCCUAGCUUCGCUCCUGCCAUGUGUUGCAGAGAAUAAUAAGUAAUAAUUCUUUAGAGAGAUGAUAAAUGAAAAGAAAAUAUUUAUCAGCUAGCAACAAAGUAACCCUUCCACGUCAGAGCUUCCACUUUUUGUAAAAAUGGGUUUUUUUUACAACAAAAAUGGGGUUAAUUACAUGGUUGGUCACUGAGAUAACAAAAAACGUUCAUGUUUGGUCAAUGGAAAUAUUUAAAUCCAAUGUUGGACACUCAAAUUAGUUAAAUAGUUCAAGUUUGGUCACUCUCCUUCCAUUUCCGUUAACUCUAGCUUACGUGGCAAUCAACUUUCAUAGUUGACCAUUAAAUACGUGACAGACAAUUAAAAAUUAUUGAAAAAUAAAAAAAAAUAAACUUUUAUAUUUUCCACCUCAUUAUUACAUUCAUUAAAAACCAAAAAAAAAAUCUAAUUUAUUUUCUACACACCCCCAUACCCUACCCUACCCAACCUCACCACCACCAGAACACAACCUCCGGCGACCCUCUUCUUCAACUCCGCUUCCACCUUGGUCGAGCUCCUCAAAGAAUUGUUGGAACAACACCGCCCUGAUUGCUUAGUCGUCCACACCUUCUUCACCUGGACCACGGAAUUGGCGGCAAGUCUGGGCGUCCCUAAGGUAGUUUUCGGCGGGAAAUGCUUCUUCUCCCUAUGCGCCGAACAGAGCCUGGUCGAACACUACCCCCACAGUAGAGUCUCUUCCGACGACGACGCUUUCUUCAUCUCGAAUCUCCCCGGGGAAGGAAUCGAAUUCAUCAGGGGAAAAUCUCGGAAGCCUGGAAGUCCAAAAGCGUAUUCACCCAUUUCUUCAAAAAAUGCCUCGAUACGGAGAGGGAUUCCUACGACGUUCUCCUCAACAGUUUCUACAAAUUGGAACCUCUCUAUGUCGGCCCUUUUUCUCUUUCGCCGGCGGCGCGAAGGAGAAAGAGAGAAGAGAGAUGGUGACAGUGGCGGGAGCUGCUGCAGUUGACUGUCAGGAAUGCUUGAAAUGGUUGGAUUCGAAGAAACCCAAUUUGAUAAUUUAUCUCUAUUUCAGCUCUGAUACAGAGUUCACGACAGCGCAAAAUUUGGAGCUGGCGACGGGGCUGGAAGGCUCGGGAUAGGAGUUUGUUUGGGUUGUGAAGAGAAGGGAAGAUCUGCCGAAGGGAUUUGAGGAGAGAGUCGAAGGGAAAGGAUUGAUAAUUGAAGGGUGGGCGCCUCAGCUGCUGAUUUUAGGUCACACGGCAGUGGGUGGAUUCGUUACCCACUGCGGCUGGAACUCUGCCGUGGAAGCGAUUGCUACUGAAGUUCCUAUGGUGACGUGGCCGCUGGGGGUGGAACAAUUCUUCAAUAAGAAGCUGGUGAGGUUGUGUUCUGGUGGUGGUGAGGGUCGGUCGGGUAGGGUAUGGGGAUGUGUAGAAAAGAAAUUAGAUUUAUUAUUAUUUUAUUAUUUUUUAAUGAAUGUAAUAAUGAGGUGGAAAAUAUAAAAGUUUAUUUUUUAUUUUUAUUAAUUUUUUAGUUGCCACGAUACUAUUUAACGGUCAGCUAUGAAAGCUGACUGCCACGUAAGCUAGCGUUAACGGAAAUGGACGAAGAGUGACCAAACUUGAACCAUUUAACUAAUUUGAGUGACCAAGAUUGGAUUUAAAUAUUUGCAGUGACCAAACAUAAAUGUUUUUUUGUAAUCUCAGUGACCAACCAUGCAAUUAACCCUAAAAAUGGGGUAUAGUUAGAGUGAGAGGAAGAAGGAAUAUGACCAGCCAUUUUACCUUAUUUUAAUCAUUUCUUAUUUGCUGCACAUGUAUACUAUUUUUUUUUAUUAUCUCAUGUUAGACCAUCAUCACGGUGUAGUUACCAUGGUAUCCAUUUUAAUCGGUAGUAUUCAGAUAAUUUGGUUUGGUUAAUUUGAUUAAUUGGUUUGGUUAAAUUUUUUAGCUUGUUUGGUUUGGUUUCAGACACUCCUAAUAAACCAAACCAUAUUAACCAGUUAAGUAAUUAGCUAUAUAUCUAAUAUAUUAUAUAUGGUAAUGACUGGUGUACGUCAGGCGUAUAGUAUACAUCAGGUGAUCUAGCCGUUAGAUGUACUUAGAUGAGCUUCAGCCAAUCUCAAUGGUCAGUUUUUGUUUUUCAUUAAAUCAAACUUCGGGUUGGGGUUUAGAAAAUCGGUGCCUCGGGUUUAUCUAUUAGAGGUUAGAGUAUAGUAUCAUACCCCCAAACUCGAUUUAAUUCAUGGUCUAGAUAGAGAUAUCUCACUAGUAGUACCUGACGUAUAGUAUACGCCUGACAUACGACAGUCUGACCCUAUUAUAUACAUAUUUAAUACUUUGCAUAAACACUCAAAAAUCAAAUGUAAGAUAUUUGCAUUAGUUACAUGUAUUUAUGUUAAGGGUUAAUUAUAAUUUUUUGUUGAUUAUUACGUGUUAUUUAUUAUAUAAAUUGUGAAUUGAUGUACUAACCGGAAUUUUUUCCCUCUUAAUGAUAAUGUGAUGGUAUAUUGGUUAUUUUGGUUAAUCAAUUAACCAAACCGAUUAAACUUUAGUUUGGUUAAUUUGGUUGUUGUUUUAGUUUAAACGAUUUGGUUAUGAUAUUGUGUUCUAUAGUUAAUAAAAUUUAGACUUAUUUAAUUUGACAAUUAACAUGAUAACCAUUUGAACACCCAAUGGAUUCAAUCUGCCCAUGGUAAAACUUCAUAUGGGUUCGAUGUACUUUUAUCUUCAACAAAUAGUGCAGCCUUUAAUGCAGGACGAAGCAUAUGGUUGCCCGGCUGGUUAAAUGCUAUUAAUGAAAACAGUAAUUCAUU